CGUCGACAACCACCACCACCCCCUCCCUUCAUUCUUUUCAGUCUCCUUCGUCCCAGCAGCCAAUAUGUCGGAGACGAAGCAGUUUGGAAAGGGCCAGAGGACCGUGCCGGCUCAGAAGGCCCAGAAAUGGUACCCCGUUGAUGACGAGUCGCAGCCCAAGAAAGUCCGCAAGGCUGUUCGUCCCACCAAGCUCCGGGAGAGCCUCAAGCCCGGUACUAUCCUGAUCCUCCUCGCCGGUCGCUUCCGUGGCAAGCGUGUUGUUCUCCUCAAGCACCUUGAGCAGGGUGUCCUCCUCGUCACCGGCCCCUUCAAGAUCAACGGUGUUCCCCUUCGCCGUGUCAACGCCCGCUAUGUGAUCGCCACCAGCACCAGCAUCGACAUCAGCGGCGUCGACGCUCAGACCGUCGAGAAGGUCUCCACUCCCGACUACUUCACCAAGGAGAAGAAGGCCGAGAAGAAGACCGAGGAGGCUUUCUUCAAGCAGGGAGAGAAGCCCGAGAAGAAGAAGGUUGCCAGCGCCCGCGCCAGCGACCAGAAGGCCAUUGACCAGUCCAUCCUGGCCUCCGUUAAGAAGGAGAACUUCCUUGGCAGCUACCUCGCCAGCACUUUCAGCCUCCGGAACGGUGACAAGCCCCACGAGAUGAAGUGGUAAACGUGCGACGCGGCGGCCGCGGGUUCGGUAGUUAUUGUGGAGGAAUUCAUGUGAGGGGCGGCUUGAAUGCGGAUUGGCAUUCCCAAUAUGGGAAGCGCUUGCAGCGCAGGAGGAACAGCUCAUGAAAUAUGUAACUCGAGUCGGGCUCCGUCUUUGCUCAUUAGGAUUACGGUCAAUUCGGAAAACCGGUUGUUAUUUAUGUUUCACGAUCAGUCCCUCCUGCGUCGCCAAUUUGCAGGACCUAUAAAUGAGCCGAAAUGAAAAGAAAAAAAAAGAAUAAUACCUUUUCCAGCUGUUAUAUGAUCCCCCUUUAACGUGCGGCUGGGAGUUUGUCAUGUCUAGUAUGAUACGUCAUCGAUUUCCAGGUUCGGGUGACAAUCUAAAAUUGGGAAUUCAAGUUUCU